AUGUCUAUACGGAUCAACAUACGAUGUAUUUUCUCCAAACUUAAAAAAUAUUCAAAAUUCAUUGGCCCCGGUUUAAUGGUAUCUGUUGCAUUUCUAGAUCCAGGAAAUUAUUCAACAGCAGUAUCAGCAGGAUCAGCAUAUAAAUAUAAUCUUUUAUUUUCAAUAUUAUUAUCAAAUUGUUUAGCAAUAUUUUUACAAACAUUAGCAGCAAAAUUAGGUGCAGUAACAGGAUUAGAUUUAGCAGCAAAUUGUAAAGAAAAAUUUUCAUAUAAAUUUAAUAUACUACUAUAUAUAAUGACAGAAAUUGCAAUUAUAGCAACUGAUUUAGCUGAAGUUGUUGGAACUGCUAUAGCAUUAAAUAUAUUAUUUAAAAUUCCAUUAUUUUUAGGAGUUAUUGUUACUGUAAUAGAUGUAUUAAUAGUAUUAGCUGCAUAUAGACCAAAAGGUCCAUUAUUAUUUAUAAGAAUUUUUGAAUCAUUUGUAUCAAUAUUAGUUGCUGCAACGGUUGUAUGUUUUGGUAUACAAUUAUAUCAAGUAAGUCAUGAUAAAUCAAUAAAUUUUUCAACUUUAGAAGUUUUAAAAGGUUUUUUACCAAAUGAAGACGUUAUAAAUAUGUCAGAAAGAGAAGGAGGAAAUGGAUUAUAUUUAAGUUUAGCAAUAUUAGGAGCUACUGUUAUGCCUCAUUCAUUAUAUUUAGGUUCAGGAUUAGUUCAAUCUAGGUUGAAAGAUUUUGAUAUUAAAAAUGGUCAUUAUAUUCCAUGGAAUAAGGAUAAUAGCUCCAUACAGGAUAGUGAAUUUACAAUAACUGAUGAUGCAUCACCAGAAAAAGAUGGAGAUGAAGAUACUUUAGAUGAAGAUGAUUAUAGACCUUCAAUUCAUGCAAUAAAAGAUACAAUGAGUUAUACCAUAAUUGAAUUAGUAAUAUCAUUAUUUACAGUUGCAUUAUUUGUUAAUUCUGCAAUUUUAAUAGUAGCUGGUGCUACUCUAAAUAGUUCUAAAAUGAAUUCAAGAGAUGAUGGUAAUGAAUCAGAUUAUGAUUCAGAUAAAGAUGAUGAUUAUGAAAAUGCAGAUUUAUUUACAAUUUAUCAUUUAUUAUCAAAACAUUUAUCACCAACUGCUGGAUUUGUAUUUGCUUUAGCUUUAUUAUGUUCUGGUCAAAGUGCAGGAGUUGUUUGUACAUUAGCUGGUCAAAUGGUUAGUGAAGGAUUUUUAAAUUGGAGUUUACCACCAGUUACAAGAAGAUUAAUUACAAGAGGUUUAGCUAUUGCUCCAUGUUUAUUUGUUGUUACUUUCGCUGGUAGAGAGGGAUUAGCAAAAACAUUAAAUGCAAGUCAAGUUGUUUUAUCUUUGUUGUUACCUAUAGUAAGUGCUCCAUUAAUUUAUUUUACAUGUAAUAAACAAACUAUGAGAGUACCUAUAUUAGUAAGAGAUGGUGAUGAAGAAAUUGAUAUAUUAUAUGAUGAAGAAAAUGAAGAAUUACCAAAAAAGAGAUUCGCCAGUAGUGAGCCAGCUAUUAGGCUACAAGAUUUAAGAAAUUCUCAUCCAUGUGCAGGAUGGGAAGAAGAUGAAGAAGAAUAUCCACAAAAUAAUUUGCAUGAAGAAAAUAGAAGACUAAUAGCAGAUAUAUAUUCCAAACCAAAAAGUAUAAUAAAAAGUAGAUCAAAUUCAAUAACUCAAAUAACAAAUGAAUUAUCUGGAAAUUCAAGUCAAUCAUCAUCAUCAAAUCAAUCACCAAUUAUAAAUAAUUUAGAUAAUGAUAAUUAUAGAAUAAAAGGUUAUAAAGAUUUUAGUAAUAGUCCAUUAACUUCAAUAUGUGCAAUUUUAAUAUGGAGUUUUAUAACAAUUUUAAAUUUAUAUUUAGUUUUUAGUAUGUCAAUUGAUUUUUAG